AUGGAAUCAACAUUAUCAAAAGUUCAACAAAUAAAUCAAUUCUAUUUGCCAGAAUGGCUAACUAUGGAACUUAUAGCUUCAAAUGUCAUUUCAUUUACACCUUUAUUUUCAUAUGGUACAACAAUUCUAAGUAUAAUCAAAAAAGAAUCUUCAACUGGGUUUAGUAUAGAUAUUUGUGCUACAAUGUUAAUAGCUAGUAUACUUAGGAUCUCUUAUUAUUUUAUAAUCCCAUAUGAAAUUGCAUUAUUAAGGCAAAGCAUAGUUAUGAUAUUUAUACAACUUUGUUUGUUAAGAGUCGGAUUGAAAUAUAGAUCAAAAGAUUAUGAUGUUGAAUUAUUACAAGAACAAAAUGGAAGUUUUAUAAAAGAUCUAAAAGAAAUUUCACAAAUGUUUGCCAAAAAUGAUUCAACUACAACAAAUUUCACUGAAAUUUUGGGGAAUUUAUUAUUAGCUUGCAAAGAAUUUGGAAUGUUAAUAUUGAUCAAAUUUAUUAAAUUUUUCGAUUCAAAAUAUAAAAGAAUUGGGUUAUUUUGGCAAUGGAAUGAAGAAUUAUCUUAUUGGAAAUUCUUAACCAGGUUUACUUUGAUAAUGUCAAUUUUAACUUUUUGCUUUAUUGAUUAUUUAAAAUUUGGUGAAGCUUUAGGGACAAUCGGAUUAUUUAUUGAAUCUUUAUUACCAUUACCUCAAAUCUUGCUAUUGAACCAAUUGAAAACUAUUCAAGGUUUUAAAUUAUUAUUGUUAUUAAGUUGGUUAGGUGGUGAUUUUACAAAAAUCAGUUAUUUGAUAUUUGGUGCUAAAAAUAUUAGUGGGAUUUUUUUAUUCUUUGCAUUAUUUCAAAUGUCUUUGGAUUUUUAUAUUGCAUUUCAAUUUAUUUAUUACAAAUAUUAUUAUGUUCAGGAACCACAACAUGUGGAAUUAUAUGAAUUAAGAGUAUAG